GGCCAGAAACAAAAGACAAAGCACAUAUGCUAUAUCAAUUAUCUAAGCACUCAGGACACUCUGUGUCUGGGGACUCUUGACCACAGGAACAUGAUCAGGGACAAAAGCAUAUACAAAUUAGCAACAUAUGUUUAAAUGGUAUCUAGUCUAAUUAAUUAUAAGUUGAGGGGGAGUGUUAAAUAUGGUAAUAUCUAAAACUUAUAAUUUAAGCAGACCCAAUAGCAGUGCAGAUAGUUUUGGGGCGUAAUUUAGGCCUAGCCAAUCGCAAAAACAAGGCAUCUAUGGGCGGUAAUACAGGAUGGCCAUAAAUACAGCGUACCAUGAGACCUGGACAAUACAAAAGUUUUAUUCACAGAAACAUUUUUCUGACGAUAAAAAAACAAGAUGUCUCAACACAGCGCUAAUAGCAUGUUUAACAACUUUGGGGACAUUACAGAUUCUCAGUUAGCGGCUGUUAUGGAUGUUGUAUUACCACCAUUGCCCUAUUCACAAACAGAAGAUAUUUUAGGACUAACAGCUAGAGACCUAAACAUUCUUGACUGUGCAACUCUAAAAGAGCCCGACAUUGAGAUCAUUGCGCAUAAUGUUGAGAGCCGUGCAACACACAAAAAACCAUCACAGACUGAAAAAAGGGGGAAAACAUUUCGUAAAAAAAUCAAGGCAAAUAACGCAUCAGAAAAGGAGAAUAUUCCCCCUGUAGAGCGUGUUUUGAUGCCUUCAGCCCCACGUAAAGUAACCCAAGCUGAAAUACACAAUAGAACAACUAAAACAUCUAAGAGAAGUAAAACAGGCCAGAUAUCUGAUACAAAAGAAAGAAGAGCAACCAAAAACAUCACAAAUCCUGUUGUUCCUGGACUCCACAAAACAGAAGUCGUUAAAUCAAAGCCAUUACUAAAAAAUGAUUUUAAUGGAUCAAUAAGGACCUUGCCAUUGUCUCCAGUUUCUAAUCUUGAUGAAUCUACAUCACAAGCUGUCAAGGGUGGUGAGUCAGCAUGUAUAAUACCAAGUAAUGUUAUCAGGUAUGUUCCAAAGCAGUCUGUUAUACAGAGCACACCUUUAGCUGGUAGGGGUGUAAGUAAUGUGAAGAGGCAACUCACAUAUGAAAAUACCCCACCUGCUAAACAAAAACGCGUCGCAGAAACACAAACAGAAAACAGUUUAGAUGUUGCGUUACCAGCAGAAGGCCUGUAUACUCACAUUUUACAUUUUACAGGUCUUAGAACUUGGAGUAAAAAAGUACAGAGUGCAUUGAGUCAUAUGGGGAGUCUAAACCACAGAUGGCUUAACAUGGUUAAUUUUUUAGGGCACCUUAACAGACAGGCCAUGGCAUUAGGUAGUACGGCGCCUGAAGAGUCUAAGGGUGCAGAGAUAAUAGCUGUUUCUGAAAAGUACACAAAAUUAAGUAAGGUUCUUAAGGCUUUUGAAAAAGAAAUAGGUGAAACAGCAUGACUAAAAAUGGUUGGUGGUGGUAGGU